AUGUGGCCUGGAUUUACUCCCCAAUCGUGGACUGAAACUCUCAUCCACGGUCCCAGAGUUCCCCAGCCAGACGCGACUGACAACGCAAGUGGUUGGGCGGAAUUGGCAAAGCAAUGGGCUAGUCAGAGGGGUACGGAAGUUGGAAAUAUGAGCACAUAUCCGUAUUAUACUGAAACGGCCUCUGUUCCACCACCCCCUCCACCACCACCACCACCUCCGCCGCCGCCGCCACCACCACCACCUCCUCCUCCUCCGCCACCACCUGCCUCAUCGAACCAACCACCACCUCCUCCUUUGGCUCCUACAUCUAACAACCACGAGGAAGUUCCACCUGGUUCUUGGUCACUUAGUCACGAAGUUCCUUUCAAUAAUCAGUACAAUGAGCAUGGACGUUGGGGUGCGCCACAUAAUGGUUCAUCUUGUACACAGUACAUGCCCGCUAAUGAUGGCAGAUCUGUGGGUCAGUUUGAAGAGGUCAGCUACGCCACACCUGCGGAGCAUACAUUCAACCAAUGUCCCCCUGGUUAUGAGCAUUAUGCAGAAUUUGUACCGCAAGGAGAUUCGUAUGCAGAAGCUCCUGGUCCGCACAUCCAGGAGGGAAUAAAUGACUCCGACUACCGAAGAGAGUUACCACCACCACCACCCCAAGAUCGAUGGCACGAUGUUCAUGAUAAUUCUUUGGAUCAACCGGAUGCUAGCUAUUCAUACGAAUAUAACCAAAAUUUCAAUCCGUACGGGCGAGAUCCCGCGACUGAAUGCUACAGAUUGCCACCACAUUCAGAUAGUCACCUAGAUUUUGUACAUUACAGAGGUGAUAACCGAAGAAACCAUCUUCUGCCUUUCCCUUCACAUGACUACAAUCGGCCGUCCCAUCCACCGAACCGGUUUCCUCCACCAAGACCAAUACACCCCGGUCAUUUUCGGGGCCGACCUUCUAUUUCGGUAUACCAUCCGCGACCGUAUGAUGGAUCAAGACACACUGGAUCACCCAUAGAACCUAUUGAUCCACAUCGCGAUGAGCGUCACGAUUACGAUUACCGUCACAGUGAUCCACAUGGACCACCUGUUCUAUCGGAAAUCGGGCCUUCUGAUGAACCUUCGGCAAUCGUGGGCAUGCGAGACGUUGACUUUCGACAAGAUCCUGCCACCACUUUUCACACAUCCGUCAAUAUCGAUCAAGGUGGUCUGUUUCCAUCGGCUUUGGCUGCUACCGAAUCAGGAAUGCUUAUGGGCCCAUCCGCUUCCAGCCAUCAUCCGGUCUCUGGUAUGGGUAGAAAUCCAACACAUUUACCUGUACCAGAUCAUUUGAUACCCGCAUUCGAAGAGGCCGCGGUUAGCACCGGUGCUUGGCCUCCCAAGGGAUUUGAAGCUGAUCAGAGCGAGAGUGGACAGUUAGCCAAGAAGCGCGCUCUUCCGGCCUGGUUACGAGAUGAGUUGGAAAAACUCGAAAAAAAGAAGGCAAAAGAAAUGGCUGCAGUAACAGGAGACACAACUCUGGGUGCUGCUCCGGAUGCUCCACGGGACGCUGAGGGUGAUAUUGUGAUGGAACACGAUGAUGACGAGGAGGAUGUUCGGGAAGAAGUCGAUAACGAAGAUACACCCAGUGUGAAAGCCUCUGGCCUCCAGGCACUACUCCCAGGAAGCUCCUCCGGGGAAGAAGAAGAGGAACCGAUCGAUUCGGGUAACCGAAAUUCCUUGGUCUCGACCGGUCUGUCUAGCCCACUGGUUGAAGGAACCGGUCAGCAGUUACAAACCGUCAAUGAUCAGAUGAUGACUGCCUCAGACAAUACGCUUCCGGUUUCGCUUGAUCCGGCUACUGUUAGGUUGAAAUCUAUUGCUAAUCCAGCUACCACGGACAUGCCACAGUCCGCCAAUAAAUCGGCUCUAAGUCGACUAAGCCAAACUAGCUUGCUGCGUAGUUUUGCAACAACCACUCAAUCGGCUCUGAUCGAAGCGCCCGUGAUCCAUUCGCAACAGGAGUUUCGGGAGAGGUUCGCUGCACUCACGGAGGAAGAUCAGCAGAGUGAAACGGCACGGUUCAUCACUCGCACAUUGACUGACGCCCUUCUCACAGUAACCGGUGAGCUGUUUGUCACAAUAGCUCAGGACACUUUAACCUCUGCCAAACUGGGGUCGGACACGUCCAGAGAUGAUCAAGCAUCACAGAAAUCAAUCCCUAAUGUGUCUCGAUCGGAAACUGAUGUUGUGGAAACGGUCGAUGCGUUAACUACGUUGACUGGUUUGGUAGCCUACGACAGUGAAGAUAGCUCCUCGGAGGAUGAACAUCAUCCGAACCCAUCAACGGAAUCCGCAUCCGAGCACAACGAACCUCAAGUGCCUCAUCAAAAUGUAGAUGUCGAGGUGGACUUGGAUUCACGUCGUUCUAAAGUUGACAAGGAACUGUCGCGAGAAAGUCGACAUUCUGGUGCUGCUUUGUCCUCUAAGAUCACAAAAGAAAAUCCUCACGAGACCCCGAUUCGAAAACACGCCACCGACACGAAUCCUCAUCCUCCGGUUCACGGAAGUCUGACCGCAAACAGUCGUCCCAAAAAUCAUCUUACACUGGUAAUGUUUCACCUGUGCCAUAUUCUGGCCAGGAGCGCUCUCGUUCUCACGCCACUGUCUCGGACCACGUCACGGAUAGUCCAUCUGAUCGCGCUGCACGAUCCGGUAGCCAUGGUGAAAACGAGCAAUCUGACACGAACAAAAAACGAAACAGUUCGCGCGAAUCACACAAGUCUGUCACUGAGCGGUCCAGACCAGAUCGCGAUCACUCCUCGUCCCGUACUCGUCAUUGCUCGCCUAUUCGAUCUCCGAAAGCGUAUCGAUCUAGCCAUUCCAAUUCGUCCCGUCCGACCACAUUGUCACGCUCUCACAAGCGCGGUCGAUCCAAAUCACGGUCGACAUCACACUCUUCUCGCGCGUCUUCGUCAUCUUCUCGAUCUUCGUCCUCUUCGCGCACAAAAAGUCGUCACACACACGAUCGACAAAGUCAUAGUUCCAAACACGCCAAAAAGCAUUCCAAGAAAAAGCAUAGUCGCUCAAAGUCACCUAAGAAGUCAAAAAAACAUCAGCCACAUUCUCGUCAUCACCGUCAUGAGCAUGAUAGAUCUCGACGGCGAGAGCGCUCUCACAGCAAACACAGCAAGUGAUCAACCCUCCCGUAUUCAGCGACGGAAUCCACUCAAGCUAUUCGUUGUGCCUUGGGAUACUGUAGCACAAGUUGUGCCCAGCAAUUUCAGUUCUCAUCGCAUUGCCCCGAUCGAUGCGGCGGAUUUUUUUCUGGGUGGAAAGCACUAUACGCCUUAA